ACGACGUCGCGACGUGGGUUUAACGUUUAAGUUUACAGCGGAAGUAAUACAUUUGUGGGGCAAUUUGCAAGAUAGCCGGGAUGUGACAUCUGAGCUGCCACUUUCAUGACUUUCUUUGACUGCUAGUGCUACCAUUACAACUCGACAACAACCGACAUCGUCAAGACUUCAUACAAAUUUCCAAACUAGCCUCCCGAAUCUUUGCAGCCAUGGCAGCAUGCAUGUCCAGACACUGCCUAAUGUUGUUUGCUGGUGCUAUACUGGCCCUCACUUUCGUUCAUGGUCUUGAAGCUGCAGUACCGUCACCAGACAAGUGGCCCUGCGACAAGCAGGACAAUGAUGAACCAGAGACACUCUGCAGGGCAACAAUCAAUUGCCAUUGUAUAAGUGGAACCUACCUGGAUAUUCCCUGUGAUACUUUUGAUCAAGACAACAUUGAUUGCAGUUCGUAUUGUAAACCCUGCCCGUAUGGUAAAUUCUCCCCCUUUGACAACCGAUGCUUGGCUUGCCGUCCUGUUACUCCGUGCAAACCUAAUGAAGAGGUGCUCAUAAAUGCCACAGGAAGGGCAGACAAAGUUUGCGGCUGCCGACGUCAAGAUCUGACGUGCCCACCAUGUCCAGAGCAGACUACACCUACUGUUACAAGUACACAAGUUGAAACAGUUGUAGACCCUAGUGUGAACCCUCCACCAUGUCCACAAAAAGAACAAGCAACUGACCCUCAAUGGACCUUUGAUGGCUGGUCUUUUGUAAUAGGUUUCUUUGUACCUAUAUGUCUUGUACUCUUUCCGAUUGUGAUAUUGUGGGUGUUACUGAAGAAAAGAGUCUACCGUCUGAGGUUACCAUCAUCAUUUACUGUGCUCAUGCUUUGCUGUCAUUUAUCCGCUUUGCUUCUAAGCUGCAUCAAGCAAUCAUGGUAUGUAAACUGAAGGGCAAGUCUGAUCACAAACCAUGGUUAAAUCUUUUGUAUUGAACAUUAGUUGACAAUGGUUGGACAAGUCUAUAACCAGCCAACAGCUAGUUACUGUCAGGCAUGCUAUAAGGUAUAGCUGGGAGCUAGACGGGAGUAUUUUUGUGAUGGUGUUUAACCAUCAUUUGGCGGCCAGUAAAUUAAUGGUGCUUGAUCAAAUGUACCCUCAGUAUUGUUGAGAUUGCUUUUGCGUUAAUUUUAUUAUAUAACCUCACUCAAAGCUUUGCUCUGUGAAAAGCUGUAUCCUCUGUGAUGAGUG